AUGUCUACUGCGGUCGAAUCCAACCCGCCCGGCGAGGCCAAGCCGGAGGGUCUAUCGAAAUAUAUUAAGCGCAUGAGAACGGUCUUUCGGAGAAGUUCGACCGCAAAAUCGGGUUCUGGUGCUGCGUCGAACAUGGAGGGAAAGGCCGAAUCUAGAGAGGCUGAACAAAUUGCGGGACCUACCGCAGCCGCAGCCCCCAAGCCCACCCCGGCUACUACUACUACCCCGGCCCCUAAACCAACCACGAUCGCAACGUCCCCCGCCGACCAACCCAUCGUCGUCUCCCACUGGAGCGCCAUCCAGGAAGCGCGCACCCGCGCCCUCUUCGCGAAACACGGCCUCUCCCUGGCCGACGACGACGACUGGAAACCCACCGACACUUCGGUCGAGCGCGUCGCGAAACCCAUCCGCAUGCGUGUGCGCCGGAGCUGCCACCGCUGCCAGACGCCCUUCGGAUCUGACAGAGUCUGCGUCAACUGCCAGCACACUCGGUGCAAGAGCUGCCCGCGCCACCCGUCUCCCAGGCGCAAGGAGGACCCGGAGACCGCGUUCCGGAACCUCAUGGCGCAGAAGGGCAAGGGCGUUGCCGGUAAUGCGCCGGUCCCGCAGCAGCAGCAUGGUAACCCGUCGCGCCCGAAGCAGAUUAACGAUGGUAAUCGCAACGAGUACGUGUUGAGAAUUCCGUCGCGGACUGGCGGCCAGGACUUGGUUCGGAAGCCGGUAAUGCAGCGCGUGCGACGCACUUGUCAUCGCUGCGAUAAGCUGUUCGUCGCGGGUUCCAAGCAAUGCUCCGGGUGUGACCAUGUUCGGUGCAAGAAGUGUCCUAGGGAUCCGCCCAAACCAGACAAAUAUCCUGAAGGCUACCCCGGCGACGUCGAACCACCCGUGGAACUACCCCCGCGGACAUGGAAAAAAGUGCGCCGCAGAGUCAGACCCAAGCGCGUCAAACCGGAACCGGACCCAGAGAUAUUCAAAAAGGUCGAAGAACGACUGGCGAGUUUGAGACUUGCAACGGAAUAG